CAAGAACAACCAGUCCAGAGCCACAACCAAAGCAGCUAAUGGAGGCGACCGUGCUGAGCGUGGGCAAAUCCGUGGUGAUCGGAGCCCUUAACUGCGCCAAAUCUGCCGUCGCGGAGGAGGUGGCUUUGCAGCUCGGUGUCCAACGAGAUCAUGUGUUUAUCACAGAUGAGCUUGAGAUGAUGCAAGCUUUUCUGAUGGCAGCCCACGAGGAGGAAGAUGACAACAAGGUGAUCAAGACCUGGGUAAAGCAAGUCCGCGAUGUGGCCUACGACGUUGAGGACUGCCUCCAGGAUUUGGUGGUUCGUCUGGAGAAACUAUCAUGGUGGCGCUUACCGUUCAUGCUGCUAUACCGGCGUAGUGUGGCCAAACAGAUGAAGGAUCUUAGAGCCAAGGUGGAGGAUAUCAGCCAGAGAAAUGUGCGUUACCGUCUCAUCGUGGGCUCAGCUGCCUCAAAGAUAAAACCUACCACCGCUGCAGCUGAGCAGUCUGCCAUCAAAACAGAAGUACUACUUCACAUCUCUCAAGCUACACGAAGUGCGCUCCUGGAAAAGGAAAAGAAAAAGGUGGAUCUUGUCAAAUUGGUCAUGGAGGAUAAAAAUGACCUUAGGGUCAUCGCAGUGUGGGGAGCAAGCAGCAACGUUGGUGUCACAUCCAUCAUUAGGGCAGCCUAUGAUAACGCAUCUGUAAGAGGACAGUUUCAGUGCCGAGCCUGGGUAAGGAUGAUACAACCCUUCCAUCCAAAUGACUUUUUUGUGAGCAUGGUGAGGCAGUUUUAUGAGGGUUCAUGUGAAGAAAACGGAAAAUCAACAGAAGGUACAACAACAACAGGGCUCAAGGUUUUGGAGAAGAUGAAGGCACAGGACAAUCUGGUUCAUGAGUUUAAUCGGUAUGUGACUGACAAGAGUUAUCUGGUCGUUAUCAAUGACGUAGCUACCAUUGAAGAGUGGGACUGGAUCAAAACAUACUUCCCUAGCAAGAAAGGCAGCCGAAUUGUUGUAUCCACGCAGCACUUUGAAGUUGCUAGUCUCUGCACAGAGCAGCCUUACACGGCAACAGCGAUAGACCAGAAAUGGUCAUCCGAUAAGGACUUUUAUGUCUUCCACAAAAAGGUGGAUAGCAAGCCCGAGUCCGGCUCAAAAUCUGUCAUGGGUAGUGCUAGCUCAUCUGCAGCUGUAGGUGGUGAGGAUGAACAAGUACAGAAUCCUACUCGCGCCAGUACUGUGGCAGCUGCGUUGGAGGAAGAUCAGCUUAUCAACCGGCCAGCAGCAAAUGCUAAAGUUAUGAAAUUAGUUCAUCAAGGUCGUCGCGAGGUGAUCACCGUUUGUGGCAUGGGUGGUCUUGGGAAAACAACCCUUUUAACAAGUCUUUGGCAACAAGAACUUGGCAAAGGGUUUCAGAGGCGCGCCUGGUUAACCAUAUCGAGUUCUUUCAACAGUAAGGAGUUCCAUAGGGAUUUGCUCCAGCAAUUAGAUGAUGAUUGCCAAGAAGGGGAAGGAAAUGCUGACAUUCCAAAAAUGCCAAGUGAGUCAGUUGGCAACCAAGACAAUGAAGCGCAAAUGAUUCAAGAUCUGAUCAAGAUUUUAUGGGAGCAGAAAUGCCUCCUCGUUUUCGACGACGUGUCAUCCAUUGUGGACUGGCAGUUGAUAUUGCAGCUCUUGCCUACAUCCAGAAAUGUUGCCAAUCGGAUCAUUGUCACGACGAGAGAACUUAAUGUUGCUAAAUGUUGUUCUUUGGACGAAGAACAAAUAUACAAUCUGGAGUUGCUAGAUGACGCAGAGGCUCUUCUGCUAUUCGAAAAGAAGGUACGCAUACUGAGUUACUGA